ACUGAAACCGCUGAGUAGGCGUCCCAUCCGGAACUCGGAAGGGUGGAAGAUGUGAACAGCAUUGCCAGCGCCUUUUUGAAGAAGCCCACACUUUACAAUUCUACAGCCAGGAACACAUAAUAAUAUACAACGAUCAAGGCCAUACCGUUGUCUUACACCAGCCGGACAAAGUCCAACUUCCACUCGCGCGACGGCAACGCGACCACAGCUGCUUUUUCUCCGCCUUACAUGCUCGCAGCUGCAAAUUACUGACAUUUAAGGCUUAUAACCAUGCCGGCGAUUGAGAGGCUUGCGAAGAAAGUCCAGGAGGCAGCCAAAGUGCUGAGCCAUUUGAGAAUGUCCGUGGAGCGCAAGAAGAAUAAAUUCAAGCCCGGCGCACUGAAGUCUGCCAAGGGUUUCCUCCUGCUCCACACCCACAAAGGCGCCGCGGUGGUGGGCUACGAGGCCGGCCCCGGCAUCGCGUUCAAGGUGCUGGGCCGCGAGGAGGACGGCACGCCCAUCCUGUCGCCACCCGUGGUCAUGAGCAUGUCCAAAGUGGGUGUCGGCAUUCAAAUCGGCUACAACAGCAUCUACACACUCAUGGCUGUGUACAACGACUCCCAGCUGGACAUGCUGAUCAACAGCCACGCCGGUACCAUUGUGGGGCAGGACCUGGACGUGAGCCCCAUUCCCUUCAAGAGCGACGGGCCCGGCAACCUGCACCGGACGUCUGUGAACCCGCUGGAGCGCGUGUCGGACACACCCGCGGACGGCAUCCCAAAGGUCAAGGUCAUCACCGUCAGCGACUCCUUCAUGCUCUUCGACUGGUCCCUCUACGGCGGCAGUCUGACCAUGGAGGAUGACAUCAUGCAGAAGGUAUACGGCGUGAACAUCCCGCCGCUAUCCGUCCUGCACGGCAAGGUGGAGACGCCCGCGGAGCUCAAGGAGGCGUGCGCCGCCAUCGCGACCGACUUCAAGGUGCUCAGCGAAAUGUAGGUGUAGGUGGAUGGGCAGCAGCAGCUGGCGAGCUGGCUGCUGAGGGCGCCGUGGGCAGCUGAGCACAAGGUGCCCAGCAAGGUGUGAGGCAGACUGGCGGCGGGGCGGCCAGCAGCAGGCAGGCAGCAGGCGAGCCGCCAGGCAGACCUGCUUGUGUGCGGCGGAGGCCUUUUCUGGGAUGGUGGAGAAGCGGCAGCAGUGGGAGUUGGGAGGGGCGGAGAUGCGAGGGCUGCGGUACUUCAUGCCGCAGCAGCGAAGGUGGGAGGAGUAAGGAAGGGUGGAGGCGGCGUUGCCGCAUCACAGCAGCAGGCUCACAUGCCCAGGUUUUCAUGUGGCCAUCAGUAGCAGCACCCCACAGAAUAACAAUAACCUGGAGUGAGUCAUGACCGAAUAAUGCGGGGGCAAGGCGCGUUGGCGCGCCUGCAAUGCUGCUGGGUGGGGGUGCCGGUGCAGGUCGGCCUGCUGGCCAGCCCCCAGCCGGCCGCGCGAUGAUUCGAUGAAUGAACAAGGCUGGAUGAAGCGGUGGACGUCGGUGGUCACUGAUUGAUGGAUGAUGUUAAAUGUAUGGGCUUCCGGCUCCAUACGGUACUCGUUCAGUACGUAGUCGACAUGGAAGAAGGCUGCAAGCGGGUUGGAUUGCGUGGUCGGGAUGGCUGGGGUGGGGAUGGGUGAGAUGGGAAUGAGUCUUGCGCGCAUCGCCGCUUGAAGGGGGCGUCAGAAUGUACACGUGGCGAUGCCGCAGCAUGCAUGGGAUAUAUACUCUCUGUGAUACAAGAGGACGUCCGUGUACAUACAAGGUUUGCGAGAAGUCCUGCAUCAGGGGCCCUGUCCUGCUGGCGUGUUGUGCGUGUGUGAUGGGACAGGGUUCAAGGCAGGUUGGCGAGGUCCCGUAGACACCGCAGCUACGUCGUGGCAUGUCGUCGCGACGGGGCCGUGUGCGGCGGGCAUCCCGCCGUCUCAGAGCGUGCUGAUGCGGGUGAUGCGUAACCAGGAGGUGGCGAGGGCGCUGGCGGGGGCGGGGGAGUACACGCCUAUCCGCGCGAAUGCGCCUGCGGGGGCCCGUGGGUGAUUGGGUGGUUCGUGGGUGGUUGGUUGUGCAAGAGCGCCGCGCCGACCUGUUGGACUUACCGUCACAGUGGGCGCGAUUAUACGUGGAAAUUUCGCGUUCAUGGGCCGAGCGGGCGAAGGCAACCCCAGGGCGAAGGCAAGUACGGUUGGAAACUACGGUAGCAGUCAGGGUAGCAGUUGGGCCGAAUGAUUCUGUUCUCCCAUCCGGAGAGCUGAGGGACGUGCAACAUUGCUGCAUGCAUUUAAUAGUUCUAUAAUGCAAGUUCUGUGACUUCAACCAACUAGAA